CCGCCGCGCCGCCAGGGGGCGAUGCCACGCCGGAAACAGUCGCAGAAGAAGAAGGAGGCGCGCGCGCGCGCCCCCAGCGGCCGUGAGAAGAAGUUAGGAUCAAAGUGCAGCCGACGGAGCAGCGGAUCAAGCUGAGACCAGUGGAGGAGGGCGGAGCUUCCAGGUGACAGUAUGGAAGAGUCACAGGUGGACCCCCUUGACCAGAACAGCCCCCCCAGAUCCUGCAGCUCCUCCCCGUCCCUCUCUCUCCCCUCCACCCCGUCCUCGUGCGGACACCCCCGGCCGGUGACCCCCCCCUUGGGUGUCAUAAGCGAGGGCGUGGCAGAGCUGCGGCUGGUGAUUGACGCGGAGGUGGCGCAGCGAGCGUGUCAGGAGGUCCUGGAGAAGGUGAAGCUGCAGCAGGUGGAGGUCCCGCCCUCGCCAAAGGGGCCGGACAAAGCCCCUCCCCCCGCGGUCAAAGCCCCAGAGAUCCGGGAGGGAGAGGACGCGAGCCAGGGCUCGGUGAAGAGCGCGCGGCGGCGGCAGAGACACAACCCCUCCAAGCAGUCGUGGCUGCUGCGCCUGUUCGAGUCCAAGCUCUUCGACGUUUCCAUGGCGAUCUCGUACCUGCACAACUCCAAGGAGCCCGGCGUGCAGGCCUACAUCGGGAACCGCCUCUUCAGCUUCGCCCACGAGGAGGUGGACUUCUACCUGCCCCAGCUGCUCAACAUGUACAUCCACAUGGACGAGGACGUGGGCGACGCCAUCAAGCCUUAUCUGGUGCACCGCUGCCGGCAGAGCAUCUCCUUCAGCCUGCGCUGUGCCUGGCUGCUGGGGGCGUACUCCUCCGACAUGCACAUCUCCACGCAGCGCCACUCCAGGGGCACCAAGCUCCGGAAGCUCAUCCUGUCCGACGAACUGAAACCUGCGGCGCCACGAGUACGCAGGGAGGCGCUGACCUUGACGCCGUUCUGCCCCGCGCCCGCCGGAGCUCUGCCGGGCGAGCACGGUCUGUCUCCGUCCAAACGGACACAUCAGCGCUCCAAGUCCGACGCCACGGUCAGCAUCAGCCUGAGCAGCAACCUGAAGAGAACCGCCAGCAACCCCAAGGUGGAGAGCAGCCCAGACGAGGACUGCAGCUCCAGCUCCGACAGCCUGGAGUUUGAUUUUGGUCCACCGGUCCGUCUGGCGCCGCAGCGGGAGUUCAUCAAGUCUCUGAUCGGGAUCGGGAAGCGUCUGGCCACGCUGCCCACCAAGGAGCAGAAGACGCAGCGGCUGAUCUCGGAGCUGUCGCUGCUCAACCACAAGCUGCCGGCGCGGGUGUGGCUGCCCACCGCCGCCUUCGACCACCACGUGGUGCGCGUGCCGCACACGCAGGCCGUGGUGCUCAACUCCAAGGACAAGGCUCCCUACCUGAUCUACGUGGAGGUUCUGGAGUGUGAGAACUUUGAGACGUCGAGCGUUCCCGCCCGGAUCCCAGAGAACCGGAUCCGGAGCACGCGCUCGGUUGAGAACCUGCCGGACUGCGGCAUGACCGCCGAGCAGCGCGCCGGCAGCUUCUCCAUCGUCCCCAACUAUGACAACGACGACGAAGCCUGGUCGGUGGAUGACAUCGGAGAGCUGCAGGUGGAGCUCCCAGAAGGCCACACCAACAGCUGUGACAACAUCAGCCAGUUCUCUGUGGACAGCAUCACCAGCCUGGAGAGCAAAGAGCCCAUCUUCAUCGCUGCAGGAGACAUCAGGCGCCGUCUGUCGGAGCAGCUGGCUCAGGCCCCCACCACCUUCAAACGAGAUCCGGAGGACCCGUCGGCCGUGGCGCUGAAGGAACCGUGGGAGGAGAAGGUCCGGAGGAUCAGGGAGGGCUCUCCUUACGGUCACCUCCCCACCUGGAGGCUGCUGUCUGUCAUUGUGAAAUGUGGAGACGACCUGAGGCAGGAACUGCUGGCCUACCAGGUGCUGCAGCAGCUCCAGUCCAUCUGGCAGCAGGAGCGGGUGCCGCUCUGGAUCAAGCCCUACAAGAUCCUGGUGCUGUCGGCAGACAGCGGCAUGAUCGAGCCGGUGAUGAACGCCGUCUCGCUUCACCAGGUGAAGAAGCAGAGUCAGCUGUCUCUGCUGGACUACCUGCUGCAGGAGCACGGCGCCCCCACCACCGAGGCCUUCCUGACGGCCCAGAGGAACUUCGUCCAGAGCUGCGCCGGGUACAGCCUCAUCUGCUACCUGCUGCAGGUCAAAGACAGACACAACGGGAACAUUCUGCUGGACGCCGGCGGCCACAUCAUCCACAUCGACUUCGGCUUCAUCCUGUCCAGCUCGCCCAGAAACCUCGGCUUCGAGACGUCCGCCUUCAAGCUCACCUCCGAGUUUGUAGAUGUGAUGGGGGGUCCAGACGGCGACAUGUUCAUCUACUUUAAGAUGCUGAUGCUCCAGGGGCUGAUUGCAGCGCGGAAGCACAUGGACCGAGUCCUGCAGGUGGUGGAGAUCAUGCAGCAAGGCUCCCAGCUGCCCUGCUUCCACGGCUCCAGCACCAUGCGGGCCCUGAAGGAGCGGUUCCACAUGAGUCUGACGGAGGAGCAGCUGCAGCUGCUGGUGGACCAGCUGGUGGACGGCUCCAUGCGCUCCCUCACCACCAAACUCUACGACGGCUUCCAGUACCUGACCAACGGCAUCAUGUGACCUGCCGGUUUGACUCCUCCCCCUGCAGGCUCUCACACUCCUCCUCCUCCAGCCGAUUCUUCUGUUUCCUCUCUCUGCUCCUCUUUCUUCUUCAGUAGACUUUUCCAGCAGGUCAUGUAUGAACUCUGCACCUGAGCGCAGCGACUGAAGGACCAAGGUGUGUUUGUGUGUUUUAACUCUGAGCCAAAGACGUGCAGCGGCGGGAAGGACUGGGACUCGAACCCUGAGGGGGAUCCGGGUGUUCCUCCUCGGGCUCAGGUGUGGAGCGGCGCCGCUCUUUUCUUCUUCGUCUCUGGAGGCGGAGACUUUUGCACAUCCGGCUCUCCGGCAGACGAGGAAACGCCAGCGUCUCCUGCACCUCGCCUGUGGAGCCGCGGACAGCCGCACUGAUGAAUCCUGCCAGCAGGAGGCGCUGCUGCUCUGUGUGAAGCUGGUGUAAGUGAUGAUGAGGCCCGACGAGGCCCGAGGAUCUCCUGUGGGACCGGAAGCAGCGGCGCCUCCAGAACUUUUCUGUUUCCUCAGAAUAAAUCUGACAAACUGUGAAGGAAAAAUCACUUCAAUAAAACCCAACAGAAACAAA